AUGUCUAAUCAUGAGCAGCCGGUGGUAGAUAUAACCACAAAGACCCGAGAAAAGUUUCGGACUUCCUGCGACCCGUGUGCCGCGUCCAAAGUGAGAUGCUCCAAAGAGCAACCUCGAUGUGCCCGCUGUGCCCAAUACGGCCGCAAAUGUGUCUAUGGGCGCUCGAGAAGGAAGGGCAAACCGCCAGGAUGUGUGAAUAGAGCUUCCCUCCAGGCUUCGGAGCGGCCUGAGUCGACGUCCGUGCUCCCACCAGUCAAUAGCCCGGGAAAUUACCAAUGGAAUCUUGCAGGUAGUAUAUUCACGGAUACCAGUUACUCCGCUCCCGCUCUAGGUCAUCUCAUGCAAGGCUCAUGGGAGUCUAUCGUGCACUCCAUGGCAGAGGCUUCGCAGUACGACAGAAUGAAUCCUCAAGGUUUCUUGAUGGACACGCAUCUGCCAUCGGACUCACCCCCAUUGCUGUCAUCCGCUCCUCCUCCACGGUUAGGGACGUCUCUCACAGAACGGACAGCUAGGAUGACUGGGAAUACGAUGGCUUACAGUGGUUCAGAUGUGGCCGAUGAUGAACCAGCAGAAAGUGACGAGGAAGGGAACGCCAUCGAGGACAACCAAGGAAUGGAGGUCGAAAUUUACGAAAUGGCACAUGCUUCGUGUAUUGCUACUGCUUGUCAAACCCUGUCAUCCCUCUAUCAACUCAUGCGGAGUGAUGGUGCAGCUCAGAAUCGGAGUCCACGGCUAUCAAGCCAGAACUCUUCAAGUCCAUCGAAACGAGUACCUACCAGUGAUCUGGUCUUCCAUACAGCACGGGGCGCAACAGCCACGGUGUCAAGGUUGCUCAGCUGUGCCUGUAGCUCUGCGCAUGAUCCUUCACUUCUGUCACUUCUCGCCACUAUCGUCUCCAAAAUUCUUGCCUGGUAUCAAGUGCUAUAUGAUCACGACAUAGCCAGUAUUGGCACUAGAGAGCCCACGACACCAACAGAUGCAACUCCCACAACAGUACCGUCUUCGGCGUCCUCAAGCUCAAACUCCAAACCAGGGAAGUCCGUUUACACUGUGCCAUUGACCAUCGGGACCCUCCAUCUUCCGCGGGAAACAGAGACCAGAAUGAAGGCUCAGUUGCUCCUUUGUGAGCUACGGCCCGUUUUCGACGCAUGCCAGCUCCUCAUUGCGCGGGUUAAUGCGUCUGAAGAUACCUGGGGAGAGAAAGUGGUUUGUAACGAGGGAGUUGAAGCGAUUGUUAACUACGGCGUGUUCCUAACAGUGCUCAUGCUAUAG